AUGGUACUUUGGUUUCGAAAGAGUGGAGGCAAGCCUAUAUUCAGUUUCGAUGUACGAGGGAGGUCAUUUGACAAAGCCUUACAAUGGUCAGAGCCAGGAGCUUUUGGUCCUAGAGCGCGAUUUGCAACAGUUGCCCGACCCGCUUCACUCACACUGACUUCUGUACAACUGGAUGACGAAGGGAUUUACAGAUGUCGGGUGGACUUCAAAAAUUCACCUACAAGAAAUUUUCAGAUAAGGCUCGUAGUGAUUGUGCCACCACAUCAAAUGUUACUGUAUGAUAAGUCGGGAGCUGACGUGUCUGGCAUCGUCGGCCCUUUGGAAGAGGGCUCCGCUUUGGUACUCGUUUGUGAAGUACGCGGAGGUCGGCCAGUACCAGUAGUGUCAUGGUUAAUAGAUGGCACGCCAGCUCCCCAGUACAUAGGAGAGAAGACUGACACUCACGUGGUUGUGAACCGACUAGAGCUUCAACAUGUAAGAAGAGAGGAUCUCAAUAAAACAUUUAAGUGUCGUGCUGCGAAUACUCAUCUCGUACCGCCCCAAGAGAAAACUGUGAGACUAGAAAUGAAUCUUGCUCCAUUCUCAGUUUCAUUACUGAAUCGGCCUCAACAAUUGCUCGCGCGGUCUGCGGCGACAUUGCGCUGUGUGGCUGAGGGUAGUCGACCACCAGCUCAGAUCACUUGGUAUAAGGACAAUCGAAGUUUUGAAAAGGAUAAAGUAAGCGAGCAUCAAAAUGAAACUUGGACUGUAAGUACACUCAUCUUCACACCAGCGCCUGAAGACCACGGUACGACUAUAAAAUGCGUUGCUUCAAAUUCAGCGUUACCUGGAAGAUCUAUUGAUGAUCAAGUGAAACUAAAUGUAGUAUACAGUCCGUUAGUGACUUUGAGUCUUGGCAGCACUCUCAAUCCACACGACAUCAAGGAGGGCGACGAUGUUUACUUCGAAUGUAACGUGCGCGCCAACCCUCGGGAACACAGGAUAUCGUGGUACCAUAAUGACAGACAAGUGACACAAAACAUGACAUCAGGUAUCAUACUGAGCACGCGGUCGUUAGUGCUGCAGAAGGUGACAAGAAAAGAAGCGGGGCACUACUCAUGUAGAGCGGCUAACGCCAGGGGAGAGACGUCCAGUGAAAGUGUUAGGCUGAGAGUGCAAUAUGCACCAGUAUGCGGUAUGACGUCACCGCAGGUGGUGGGCGCGGCGCUGCACGAGUCGCUGCACGUCCGGUGUUCAGUGCACGCGGACCCCGCCGAGGUCACGUUUCUAUGGCAGUUUAAUAACAGCGGUGAAAGUUUUAAUGUCUCACCGGCGAGAUUUGGUACAUUAAACGGUAGUACAAGUGAACUUCGCUACACGCCGGCUACGGAACGAGACUACGGAGCUCUCACUUGCCGCGGAACGAACGGCGUGGGGCAACAAGCACGCCCUUGCGUCUUUCAAAUAGUACCGGCGGCACGUCCAUCGCCGCCACGAAAUUGUACAGUUUCAACGGGCAAUGACUCUAAUUGGAUUGAAGAUUCCAUUAAAGAAGAUAUCACAGAUUUCCUAAUAGUAAAAUGCGUCGCGGGCUACGAUGGGGGUUUGCCGCAGCUAGUUGUUUUGGAAGCUUUGGACUCUGUUACCGGAGCACUAAGGUUCAAUGUCACAGCUAAUGAGACGAAUGGUGUUGCGGUAAUAAUGAUACCAGUGGAAGCGCUUUGGUCCACUGGUAACGUCUUACGUCUCACAGUGCAUUCGAAGAAUGAUAAGGGCUCUUCAGAACGAAUAGUUAUUCAAGCACUCUCUUACCAGGAUCCUGAGAGGAGAACAGACGGCAGUCAUAACCUAAUGGCGGGAAUGUCCAAUGGAGCUUUCUGGGCGAUAAUCCUGACUAUAACACUUUGUACUGGCGCCGCUUUAUUGGUUGGGCUCUUUCUGAGGAGAAAAAGAACGCGGUCGGCAAGUAAACAACACUCGCCAGAACUCCAAUUAAAUUCCGGCGAUGGACAAUACGUUGUGGCCUACACGCUGAAACCUCCUAAACAAGCGCAACCAGAUAUUUUAAAUCCGCCACCUGACGGGAGUCCUCCACUGAAGGGGGUUGGGGUCGUCAAAAACGGGGCACUCCACGAUGAGUGGAGCGAGCACGACCGGCGCGCUAGUAUAGCGGAGAGUACGUCCGUAACGUCGAGUACGGCUGCGAGUAAACCUGUAACGAUUAGUACUUCAACCUUAAGUAGACGAGAACAUCUCAUAGCAGAAGAAAUACCAGGACCAGAGAGUUGUGUG